AUGGCUGAAGUUGCUGCUGCUCAAAGCACAGAGGUAUUGAAAGUAACGAGCAUCAAAUCACUUGCUGAAUCACCUGCUCUCAACUCUGUUCCUUCUGCAUAUGGCUUCACCAUAAACCCCAACGAUGAAGCAGAUCCCAACGACCCUGAAUUCGCAAUUCCCAUGGUCGACAUGUCUCUUCUCACCUCAGGAUCUCCAGAUCAACGGUCAAAAAUCAUCCAUGACCUCGUCAAAAUUUGUCAAGAAUGGGGCUUCUUCAUAGCCAUUAACCAUGGAGUCCCUGAGAGCCUCAUGAAGGCGAUGAUCGAAGCAUGCCAUGGAUUUUUCAGUCUACCGGACGAGGAGAAGAAUGAGUUCAAAUCGGGGAACGAUGUGCUGGAGAUGUUCAAGUAUGGAACUAGCUAUAAUCUGGCAUUGGAUAAAUUCCUUCUCUGGAGGGACUUCUUCAAGGUCAGGGUGCAUCCCGAAUUCUACUCCCUCUACAAGCCGGCUUGCUUCAGUGAGGUCUCAAUGGAGUUCAGCAAGAGAGCCCGAGAAGUUGCGUUGGAGAUAACAAGAGCAAUCUCAGAAAGCUUGGGGUUGGGGCCAAACUACAUACACAACGCCAUGAACAUGGAUCGUGGCAUACAAAUGCUCGCCGCCAACUACUACCCGCCUUGCCCUCAGCCAGAACAUGCAAUUGGUAUACCCCAUCACACUGAUCAUGGCCUUGUCACCCUCCUCAUCCAGAAUGAGAUGAAAGGCCUCCAAGUUGAGCACAACGGCAAGUGGCUCACCGUUGAUGGCCCUCCCAACGGUUUCUUUGUCAACCUUGCUGACCAGAUGCAGAUUCUUACUAAUGGUAAAUACAAGAGCGUAAUGCAUCGAGCCACCGUGAACAACAAAGCUACAAGGAUAUCGAUCGCCAUACCGCAUGGACCAUCUGUAGAUACAAUUGUUGCACCAGCUCCAGAGUUGUUGGAAAAGGAAGGCCAAGCUCCUAAAUACCUUGCCAUGAACUACAAGGAAUAUAUACAGCUUCAACAAAGUGCCAAGAACUAUAUGAAGUCUGCCUUUGAUCACAUACGAGUCUAAGCUUUUUACAGUGGCCUAGCUUCGUCACGUUUCAACCAUAUUGAAAGAGCUGCAGUAGCUUCCCUUAUUUUUAUUUUUAUUUUUUUUAAAAAAAAUUAUGCCAUCUCUGGUUAUUUAUUUAUUUAUGAUCUACUAGCCCAAAACUAGAGUUUAUGUAAUGAAAUUUGUUAUUAGAUAAAAUAAAAUAAAAACAUAUAUUAAAAAAACUAUUGGCCUUAUGUCAUAAUUUCAGUGUUGAAAACUGUACAAUACUUUGAGAGAAAA